AUGCAGUUGUUUCCUCUCGGCGUGUUGAUCGCCUUGCUGGCUUCUCUAGCAGGAGCGGUGUCAACUUUCUCUCCUGCACGACCUCCUGCGCUGCCCUUGGCAGUAAAGUCUCCUUACUUGAGCACAUGGCUUUCUGCAGGAAGUGAUGGAGGUAACGGUGGCUAUUUGGCCGGCGAAUGGCCGACUUUUUGGGAGGGCCAGAUCAAUGGCUGGGCUGGGCUAAUCCGCGUCGAUGGUGCUGUCUACACGUGGAUGGGUUUGCCUGGAUCGACAACUGCCAACCAGACUGCAUAUGAAUACACCUCAACAAAGAGCAUCUUCACAUUUCAUGUGGGAGAUGCUGUGGAGAUGAAAGUCACUUUUUUGUCUCCCAUAACGCCGAAUGAUCUACGAAGGCAGUCAUUGACAUUCUCCUAUGUUCACAUCGCGGUUUCGUCAAUUGACGGCGACUCUCAUGAUGUACAGCUCUACUCUGACAUUUCUGCCGAAUGGGUCUCUGGAGACCGCACUGCUGUUGCGGAGUGGGAGUAUGGUGUCACACGCGAUGGGGUUGCUUAUCAUAAGGUGCACCGUCAGACCCAACUCCUUUUUUCAGAAGUCAGAGAUCAAGCGGAAUGGGGUAACUGGUACUGGGCAACUGAGGAUAGUGACAGAAUGACGCACCAGUCGGGGGCUGAUGUUGCUGUUCGGGGUGCAUUCGCCGCUAAUGGAACCUUGGGCGAUUCAAAAGACUCAAACUACCGUUCCAUCUCCACAAAUUGGCCGGUUUUUGGCUUUGCAAUUGACCUGGGAUCAGUUACAUCGUCCUCAGUCGAUACGCACUUCACUAUUGGACUUGCCCAAACUGAAGCGAUCCAAUACAGCAGCCCCGAUGGCAUUCGCGCAGAGCCCUCCUUGUGGACAAGCUAUUUUGACGACGACUUGGCUGCGCUCGAGUUCUUCCAUUACGACUAUUCAACAGCAAACGAGCUCUCUUCGGCAUUGGACGAGAAGAUCGCGCGGGACUCCAUAGCAGCGGCUGGUCAAGACUACUUGACUAUUACCUCUCUCAGUGCUCGUCAAGCCUUUGCUGCAACGCAGUUGUGCGGCACGCCACAAAAUCCAUAUCUCUUUAUGAAGGAAAUAUCUUCCAACGGCAACAUGAACACCGUGGAUGUCAUUUUCCCUGCUCACCCAGUAUUCCUCUACACCAAUCCAAAACUGCUGGAGCUUAUCCUGAAGCCCCAUUUUGAAAUCCAAGAAUCCGGGCAGUACCCUAACGCUUAUGCGAUGCAUGACAUUGGAACCCAUUAUCCCAACGCUACCGGCCACCCUGAAGGCAACGAUGAACCAAUGCCGCUUGAGGAAUGUGGAAAUAUGAUAAUCAUGGCUCUGGCGUACGCACUCAAGUCGUCCAACACGGAUUAUCUGAGCGAACACUAUCCGUUGUUGGAACAAUGGACGUCAUAUCUGAUCGACGAAGCUAUCUACCCGGCGAAUCAGAUAUCGACGGACGACUUUGCUGGGCCUUUGGCCAACCAAACCAAUCUGGCCCUGAAGGGGAUUAUUGGUAUUGAGGCCAUGGCAACCAUUAGCAAGCUCACCCACCACGCUGACGCAGCUACCAAUCGCUCUGCUAUUGCCCACGAUUAUAUCGAUAGGUGGCAAGUACUGGGUAUUGCCCAGGAGGCUAAUCCUCCGCAUACCACCUUGUCGUAUGGCUCAAAUGAUUCUCACGGUCUCCUGUACAACCUUUACGCCGACCGUGAGCUGGGCUUGAACCUGGUGCCCCAAUCUGUUUACGAUAUGCAGAGCGAGUUCUACCCCACGGUGCAGAAAACGUACGGGGUGCCGCUGGACACCAGACACCAGUACACUAAAGGUGAUUGGGAACUGUUCACAGCAGCGGUUGCCUCGACGAGUACGAGGGACAUGUUCAUUGAGUUGCUUGCGAAUUGGAUCAACCAAACACCUACCAACCGCGCUCUUACUGACCUCUAUGAUACUGUUAGCGGAGAUUACCCCGGAAUCACCUUCAUUGCGCGGCCCGUGAUGGGCGGUGCUUUCGCCUUAUUACUUCUGAAGGAGGGUCUUUGA